CGAAGGCAGAGGAGAGAGCGGGAGGAGGGAGGGAAGGCAGGGAGAAGGCAACCGCUCGCCGGACCGGGAGGCUGAAUCGGGUGCCGGCUGCGCUGCGCCGUUCUCGGUUCCGACGGCCUGUCUCAUGCGCUGAGAGCGCCCGGCUGGGCCGGGCCGGCGGCCGAAGGGGAGACUCCUCUCCAUGGUCCAGAAGACCAGCAUGUCCCGGGGCCCUUACCCACCCUCCCAGGAAAUUCCCAUGGAGGUCUUCGACCCCAGCCCACAGGGCAAAUACAGCAAGAGGAAAGGCCGGUUCAAAAGGUCAGAUGGAAGCACGUCCUCAGACACCACAUCCAACAGUUUUGUCCGCCAGGGCUCAGCAGAGUCCUACACCAGCCGCCCGUCGGACUCUGACGUGUCUCUGGAAGAGGACCGGGAAGCCUUAAGGAAGGAGGCAGAGCGCCAGGCAUUAGCCCAGCUUGAGAAAGCCAAGACCAAGCCGGUGGCGUUUGCUGUUCGGACGAAUGUCGGCUACAACCCGUCUCCGGGGGAUGAGGUGCCUGUGCAGGGAAUGGCCAUCACCUUCGAGCCCAAGGACUUCCUGCACAUCAAAGAGAAAUACAAUAAUGACUGGUGGAUCGGGCGACUGGUGAAGGAGGGCUGUGAGGUUGGCUUCAUCCCCAGCCCUGUCAAACUGGACAGCCUGCGUCUGCUGCAGGAACAGAAGCUGCGCCAGAACCGCCUCAGCUCCAGCAAAUCAGGUGACAACUCCAGCUCCAGUUUGGGAGAUGUGGUGACUGGCACCCGCCGCCCCACACCCCCUGCCAGUGGUAAUGAAAUGACUAACUUAGCGUUCGAACUAGACCCCCUAGAGUUAGAGGACGAGGAGGCAGAGCUCGGGGAGCAUGGCGGCUCUGCCAAGACUAGUGUUAGCAGUGUUACCACUCCGCCACCCCAUGGCAAGCGCAUCCCCUUCUUUAAGAAGACAGAGCAUGUGCCCCCCUAUGACGUGGUGCCUUCCAUGAGGCCCAUCAUCCUGGUGGGACCGUCGCUCAAGGGCUAUGAGGUUACAGACAUGAUGCAGAAAGCUUUAUUUGACUUCUUGAAGCACCGGUUUGAUGGCAGGAUCUCCAUCACCCGUGUGACAGCGGACAUUUCCCUGGCCAAACGCUCGGUCCUCAACAACCCCAGCAAACACAUCAUCAUUGAACGCUCCAACACACGCUCCAGCCUGGCUGAGGUUCAGAGCGAGAUUGAGCGAAUCUUCGAGCUGGCCCGGACUCUUCAGUUGGUUGCUCUGGAUGCCGACACCAUCAACCACCCCGCCCAGCUCUCUAAGACCUCACUGGCCCCCAUCAUUGUUUACAUCAAGAUCACCUCUCCCAAGGUACUUCAGAGGCUCAUCAAGUCUCGAGGGAAGUCCCAGUCCAAACACCUCAAUGUGCAAAUAGCGGCCUCGGAGAAGCUGGCGCAGUGUCCCCCUGAAAUGUUUGACAUCAUCCUGGACGAGAACCAAUUGGAGGAUGCCUGCGAGCACUUGGCCGAGUACUUGGAAGCCUACUGGAAGGCCACACACCCGCCCAGCAGCACUCCGCCCAACCCGCUGCUGAACCGCACCAUGGCUACUGCGGCCCUGGCUGCCAGCCCUGCCCCUGUCUCCAACCUCCAGGUACAGGUGCUCACCUCACUCAGGAGAAAUCUCAGCUUCUGGGGUGGGCUGGAGGCCUCCCAGCAGGCCAGGGCAGUGCCCCAGCAGCAGGAGCACACCAUGUAGGGACCCUACCUUGCAUCCGGGGACCAGUCACUGGAACGGGCCACCGGGGAGCACGCCAGUGUGCACGAGUACCCCGGGGAGCUGGGCCAGCCCCCAGGCCUUUACCCCAGCAGCCACCCUCCAGGCCGAGUGGGCACCGUGCGGGCACUGUCCCGCCAAGACACGUUUGAUGCCGACACCUCUGGCAACCGAAACUCUGCCUACACGGAGCUGGGAGACUCAUGUGUGGACAUGGAGACCGACCCCUCAGAGGGGCCAGGGCUUGGAGACCCUGCGGGGGGCGGCACCCCACCAGCUCGUCAGGGAUCCUGGGAGGACGAGGAAGACUAUGAAGAGGAGCUGACUGACAACCGGAAUCGCGGCCGGAAUAAGGCCCGCUACUGCGCGGAGGGCGGGGGUCCGGUGCUGGGACGCAACAAGAAUGAGCUGGAGGGCUGGGGGCGGGGUGUUUACAUCCGCUGA